AGAUGUAAAUUGAGAGCAGUAAUUUAUAUACAGAAAAGCUACUUAUCUAUUAUUAAUCUUUUAAAUCCUUAACGAAUGGAACCCAAAAAAAUCCGUCUGGAUGAAAAUGAAUUCUACAGUGAAUUCGGGUGAAUCUGUAAAUACAGAUCGAUCUUCACACAUCACCUGGCACAACGAUCAUUCAUCACGACGUCCUAAGGAACAAAUAUCUGCUUCGAAAAAUGCAACAACGAAACGCAAAAUGCAUUUAUCGCAAAAUGCUGCGUAUUCCUCAACGUAUGGAUCUAAUACGAUGCCAUCAGAUCAGCCCAACGCUAAUCGUAAAUGGCAUGUCUACGAUAGAUCACAAAAGAAAGAUCACCACCACCAUAUAACGAGAAAUUCCGAGGAGCAAACACAUAAGAGCGUUGAUACGCGCGACAUCAAUUUGCCACGCAGACGCAAGUCGAAAUCCUGCGUUAAAUGGUGUCUGAACUUGUGCCGGGCGAAGAAAAGACACGUUUCCCAACACAUUUUGAGAAAGAGACACCUUGUCAAACAUAUAAAGAAACGAAGUAAGGAGAAGCCUAACGAUGUGGUGGCGGUCGCCGGUGUAUCAACUAUGCCGCAUCGAGAAUCGAUAAGACAUCGAGACGUCGCGAACAAGUCUAGGAGACCUCAUAAACAAGACGAGGCAGUGAAGGAGGACAUCGUCGAGAACGAAAGAAAGGAGAGAAGGGAGAGAAGGGAAGAGAAAGAAGAAAGGAGACGGAAAGAAGUGACAGACAAGGAGAGGAGAAAGAAAGUAAACCAUAAACUCAAUGAGCACGUCCCGCCGCCCGUGGAUACACGUCCGGUGACGCACGACGAUGACCUCGUCGUCAAGAAACAGGUUCCCAUGAAACCGCCAUCGAUCGUGAACGACUUCACGAAGAGCUGCUGCUACUUGUGCGCCCAAAACACGCUGGCGAUCGCGGCCGCCACGGCGAUCUCCAAGCCGGAGCAGUCUGACAAGGGCGUCCAAGUUUUGGCUCAUAAAUUUCCCGUAGAGACGUCCCCGGCGCUCGAUAAGAGCUCCAGCCCGUUGCUACUGGUGCACACCGUGCAGUCGUCCGUCAAAGUGAGGACACAAGAGACCGGCACACUCUGCCCCGGCACGAGCGCGGUGCCGCGUGCGAAAAAGCACAAGAAGUUUGCCAUGUUUCUGGGGUUGACGCGAACGAAGUGCCCGGCGGGACGACACGCCGCCUGCGAGACUGAUAAGUCGACCGCCAGGCGCGACGAUAAUACGGAAAAACGUCAGCCAACGAACGAGAGGUGCUGCGGGAAGAAGAACGCCUGACACGUCGCGAAUUUCCCCGAACUUACCCGGACUAAUUAACGUUUGAUUACUCGGCGGAAAGAAUAAUUAUAUGCAUCGUGAACUCAUUAACGCCAGAAGUACCAACGUUUCUUACUCGACGAGACUCGGUUUUUCAUUUUCUGAACAACUUGUGAUUAAGCUUAUGCCCAUUUUCACCAAUAUAGAUUAACUUUAAUCUUGAUUCAAGUUAAUCUUCAUCUUUUUCCAGUUCUGAAAAUUAGAAAAGGAUGAAGAAUAAGUUGAACCGAGAUCAAAGUUAAUCUAUAUUGAUGGAAACGAGCAAUUUUGUCGGAACAAGAGUGGAAAAGAAGAGUACACGUACUGUCUCCUUUUAUAGAUGCUAUCUUAUUCUAACUGAAGUUGACAAGAAUAAUGGGUUAAUUAAAAAUUUGUCAUCUUGUAGCCAGACUCUGUUAUAGACUCUUCAUAGUUUUCUAAUUCAUAAAAUUAGAAAAAUAUGAUUUAGUUGAAUUAUCAAAAUUAAAAUUAAAUUAUCUUGGUAGAAACGGGCACAAACAAAUUAAGUCACAUACACGAUUGAAAAGCAAUAUUUGGCAAUAUAGAAACAGGAAACAACAGAUUUCAAUCUGUCAGAAACUAUGUAUACGAGAAUACAUAGUUUCUAAUAAGUUGAAAAUUUGUUAUUCCCUGCUCCUAUCGCUUUUCAAUUGUAUCUUAGGCUCAAACCUCAAGUUAACUAGAAAAUGAAAAACCUAUAAAAAUCAUAAGUUACCAUAAAAAUGAUG